AUGGCAUGCAUGUGUCCUCUGUUAUAUGGCCUUGUAUCACUUAGCGUUUUCAGCGAAUCAGUUUUAUCGAGAAGCUUUCCCAGUUGCGCACCAGGUAAACCAACUCGAGUACUCUUUUCCAGUUAUUGUAAUAAAUCGGCUGUUGUUGCACUUUCGACCACUGAAAUCGAUGCUCAAAUAUUUGGUGGGACAUACAAACGAUUCUACGAAGCUUUUAUUGCAUCGAAAUGCAUACGAACAGAUCGUGAUGGUAUUAAGCAGUUGUAA